AUGGUACUAUUUGGUUUAGGCAAGCUAUUUUACGUUAUAUUGUUGCUAAUUAAUGCAGUUGCUAUACUUAGUGAGGAGAGAUUUUUGAGUAGAAUAGGUUUGGGUAGAAGCACAAAUGCUGGUCCAAGUUUUGGCCAAGACGAAAACACUACGAAAUCCAAGGUUAUCCAACUAAUUGGUGCUGUGCAAACACUGUUGAGAAUUCCAUUGAUUGGUAUCAAUAUUAUAGUUAUCAUAUAUGAAUUGCUAUUAGGUUAG